ACAACAACACACGAUUCCCGAACCAAAGUAUCUUAUUCGCAUAACACAAAGGCAAAGAAUAAAGCUGCCUAUUCUAUUUCCAUUAAUUAUACCCACCUUCUCUUAUAACAACGAUUUCAUACGGACACACACACAAACCUCCCUCUGUAUAUCUAUCUCUGUAUCUAUUCGUCAACAAUCAAUGACCAGCGCUUCUGCUUCAUCUCGCAAGGCAUUGAGCAAGAUCGCGGCCAAUAGGUUACAGAAGGAGCUUCUUGAAUGGCAAGUUAAUCCGCCCUCGGGAUUUAAACCCAAAGUUACUGAUAAUCUCCAGAGAUGGGUGAUUGAAGUGAUUGGUGCCCCGGGGACUUUGUAUUCGAAUGAGACGUACCAGCUUCAAGUCGAUUUUCCUGAACAUUACCCUAUGGAAGCUCCGCAGGUUGUUUUUAUUCCUCCGGCUCCACUUCAUCCUCACAUAUAUAGCAAUGGUCAUAUCUGUUUAGAUAUAUUGUAUGAUUCAUGGUCUCCAGCGAUGACCGUAAGUUCUGUCUGCCUCAGCAUUCUCUCCAUGUUGUCAAGCUCCACGGAGAAGCAACGGCCAGCUGACAAUGAUCGUUACGUGAAGAAUUGUAGGAAUGGCAGAUCUCCAAAAGAGACAAGGUGGUGGUUCCAUGAUGAUAAAGUGUGAAUGUAAAUGUUCGACUGUUCUCUAACUACUCAUUUUAUGCAAGUUAUAAAAAGAAAAUGGAUCCCCAAAUUGAAGUGCGAGACAGUUUAUAUGCCAGGCAAAAACUUAAUUUUCCUGUAAGCUAAUAGGCUGUCUUAAUGGCUUUUUGUGGCCCUCUCGGAGCCGCUUAAUAUGUAUUAUGAAAUGACUUCACAUGAUAUCUAUGUAUCUAUCCAUGUUGUAAUGUAUUGCAAUCUCAACUCUCUUUUUUGUCAAGUGCAAUUAACUUUUUUUCUUA